GGGAAAGAAGAAAUUUGAAAUAAAAAGAAAAAAGUCUCGAUCGAUAGAGCGAGUGUUUUUUUUUUGUUUUUUUUUAUCAAUGUCAUCUUAUCUCUUUUUUACUAGCCACAUUAGGGGGCUGUUCGGUCUAGUACAUUACUUAUUAUCAAAUCAAAACGUAUUGUCCUUUCAAAGGGGAAGCGAACAGUGGCGAUUUCCGAAAGAGAUACCAGUCGCUUUACUAAGUUUAUGCUUCAAUCUAUGCUUUCAAACAUGUAUGCAUAUAGUUUCAUUAGACCUGCAUUAUCACUUUCCAAAUCUGUCACUAGGCCGAUCCCUGAAUAUCUUGAGAGCAUUCUCCUUUUUUGUAAUGAUUUUUUUCAUUUCAUUUUGCUCAUGCUCACCCUUCUUUUCGCUUAAAGGGAAGGAUACAAAGGAUAAAGUACUUGCUACGCUGCCUGUGUGCCUGUGUGCCUGUGUGUAUGUGUGUAUGUGUGUAUGUGCGUAUGCGUGUGCGUGUGUCAAACCGUCUGCCAAUAACAUAUAUGUAUUGUACUUACGAUGUGAGGGGGGAGGGCAAAUUCUAACCUCUCUGUCUUCUUUCACCACCAACUACUGAAACGUUAAAAAAUAUCCCGUAUUUAACAGGAGAAGUAGCCACACUUGCUUCCUUCUUUCGUAGAAGCUUUUCGUUCCAUCGAUAAUGAUAGCUUUCUUUAAUCAAAAAGGAAAUAAUUGUUAGCUCAACAGGCAGAUCGAUCGUGCAGUGAGUAACGGCAAUACCUUUUUUACC